UUUACAGCUACAUAAUAGCGUUGAAAAGCUGAUUCGUCAAAAUGAGGAGCUGCUGCGGAAGAAUGCUUCGCUACAGAAGCAGGGUAGAAUGUUGGUGGAGGAGAAGAGUGAAAUCAUCAAAAGGCUACAGUUUACAGAAGAAGCAAAUAUUAAAUUAACGAAACUGUUCAAAGAUGCCACGAGACAGUGCAAGGAUCUGCAGCAGUACCAAAUGUUGCGCGAAGUACUGCAAGAGAAAAAUCUUCUAAAAGGUAAAGUAAUGGAGCUUGAAGAAGAACUGGAGCAACUGCGACCAUCAAGACGGCGAGAUUCGGGAUCAAGCGAAUCGAGCAGAGAUUUUGACAGGUCUGCUACUUCGGAUGAAUGUGUCGUUUACGGGCCAAUCAACAGGGAGCCAGAAGAGAAACUUUAUCCCUGGAAAUACGAACGAAAAGAAAGCGGCGUACGAAAGUUGUAUGCUUUACUUUGUAGAAAAUUUCUAAGGACCAAGUAG